AUGACCGGGCGUGGUGGUGGAGCCAAAAAAGAACUGGAUCCUGAGCAACUAAUGAAAAAAAAGUUUCGCGCAAAAUGUCUUUUUCGCGCUCUUGGACGUUUAGUGAUGGCAAACGCUCACUGGUUGAUUGAAGACUCAGAAAAUUAUGAAGGCUUAGAAAAUGUAAAGCGAAGAGUCCAACAAGCCAUGCGUGGGAAGCCAAAGAAAAAACAAUUGUUGUCGAUUAAUGAUAAAGCGUUGUUAAACAAACCCGCCAACGAACGAACAGAGCAGGAGAAAAAAUACAUAUAUCGAAUAAUUGGCGGCUUGAAAUGUUUUAAGCGUUAUCCUAAUCACGUAAAGAAGAAAUUAGCGGCAGUGACGUACUUCAAAUACUACGGCCCGUGUCGGACUAUCGUACGUCAGCACCAAGAUGCCCACGCCUUGUACUUUAUCGUUAGCGGUGAAGUCACCGUAACUCAGAUGGUAUUCGACGAGCUUCUACAACAGUAUGUGUCGAUCGAAAUAGGGGUAAUGCAAUCGGGCGAUUUGUUCGGUGAAGUGUCCUUACUUCACGGUAUACCAAGAACGGCGACCGUUACUACUGUCGGUCACUGUGAACUGUUGGCAUUAAUGAAAGAAGAUUUUAAGAAUGUAUUGCAAGCUUCCGUGCAAAAACAGUGGGACGAAGUCAAACGUGCAAUGUCUGCGUUUACUUAUUUUGAUGGCCUCGAUGAGGUCGCCCGUCGCGAAGGUUGUAUUGUGGCAAAGAUGAAAUCCUACGAACAGAACGAGACUUUACUUGGAGACGGCGUGGGUGUCGCCAAUUUUGUAUAUUUCGUUCUAUCCGGCCGGUGUCAGAUGAUCGAAUCCAUCCAAGUGGUCGUGACUACGCGUCUUGGACGUGAUUUUUACAGUCUUUAUGAUCCAUAUAUACCGCCAGACGAGAGCGAACAAGAUUUGGACACAAAGUAUUUUGGAGCCUACAAUAACCGCAGAGAAAGUCGUGAUUCGGUGGAGUCAACGAGUCAAAGAAAAAGCAUAGAACGGAAAAGGACAGAGAGUAUACUAAAAAAUUCCAGUUUGUCGAAGCAAAGCAAACAUUCGGAGGGUAAUAAAGGGGAGAGCGUUCAGAUCUCUGUCGAUGCUCCCGAAAUCAUAGAGCUGAGUGCAUCCACCGCCGCCGUACCGUCUACACAAGAAAAUCGAAUUUUAUUGGAUCCUACUGAACAAGGUCGUAAUUCUCACAGAAUGAGUGUAAUUCCGGAAGCGAUCGUGGAGCCAUUGCCGCAAAAUCUUCGAACAUAUUUCAUGCAGGUCUGCAUAUUUAACCCUGGUUCAAGUUUCGGAUUUGGUGAAAAUAUGCGUGAUCGACGCAUUGUAGCACUAACGCCAGUGGAUUGUAUGCUGCUACCCAAGAUAUGGCUCUUACAACGUAACACUGCCAAUAUAUGGACAAGAAUUCAGCAUUAUUUGGAUAAAAAAAUACCUACGAAGAAGGAUCUCUUCAAGCAGUUCGUGGAAGACCGUCGUUGGCAAGAAUUUCGGGAUCAGAUGGUGGAUGAUGUCGUCAGUCGAUCAAAUACAGUGAACUGGACCUCGGUUCAUGAUGUCCCAUAUUCUAUUCGCAUGGAAGAGAUGCUCGAUAUUUAAUACUUUUAAA